CACAUACACGGCACACGUAUAUAAUAUUCAGGGACGGUUUCUUUCUCGUUUGUUUAUUUUUUUUUGAUCGAUCAAUCGGUUGUCAAAAUUGCCAUAAAUUAUUCGCGCGUGCGUUUUACUACCUAUUACGUCCGACGAGGAGAUCGCGCGGCAUAUCACUAUUCCGCACGGGACCGUACGUGAUAUAUUGUAUAAAUGGGGGAGUACAAAUUUAGUGUAAAUUCUAGUUUAAGUUCUAUCGAAUACCAAUCGUCUGUUAACACGUCUGGCUUGCCAUCAUCGUCCUCGUCCCAGUCGUAUUUCGUUGACGACGGCCAGCAACAGCAGGACGUUGCUGUUAAACAGCAGAUCUCACCGUCACCGGUCAACGGCGAUCACCAACAGCUGCCUAUUACCAAAGGCGUUGUCAAAGAAGAUUCUGUGUUGGCAGCGUUGGGUGGUGGUGACAAAUCGCCGGGUGGCCCUCAAAUGCAGUUACCAUCGUCAUAUAACAAUGAAGCUAGUCUUAAUGUGAUAAACUCGUCUACCAACUCGUCUACGUCUAGUCUGUGGUCAGCGUCUGUUGAUGAUACCUUGAUACAUGGGUUAAAUGCUUCUGCGGCUGCAAACAACGCUAGUUUUCCAAAUACUUUGUACAAUACUGGUUUGGGACCCCAUCAUCAACAACAACAGCCACAACAUCAUCACAGACGUCAAGCAUCUGGUGCAACACAUAAUUUCCCACAUAAUUUAUCAAGGCAACUGCAACAGUCAGCUCAUCCGCAGAACCUGUAUAUGGCCAGCAAAGGAUAUUCUUGGUCACAGUCUCACCAGAACUCGUGGCUUAAUUCUAGUCAAAAUCAAAGUGCUGGUCGUAAGCCAAAUACUAAUUACAAUCAUCAUCAACAACCUACCCCAAUGAAUUCAUCAAAAUUUAGACGUAGUACGUCAUACCCAGGAAAAGGAUUAUUCAAUCAAAAUGCUGCAACUUUUGAUAUUAACAACAUAGAUGAGACAGAUGUUAUGAGUUAUCAGGAACGAUGCUUGCCUAGCGGAAACGGCACAGGACCUUUGGACAACAUGCGCAACCUCGAACAUUAUUUGAACGAUAUUAUGCGAUCCGGUUCGGACAACCCAGAACACGCGAAAGGUUUCAUCAACUCGAACACUUUACAUUCUUUAGCUCACCUACACGGUAAAUCGCCCUUCUUUCAAUCUCUGGAAGAUCAAACGGGAUUGUUGGAUGACUCUAGUUCCAAUUUGAUUGAUACAUCUGUGCAAGCUCUGACGUCCCCAUCUCGAUCGUCACCCCACAGCCAAGGAUCGGAAAGCAGCGAAAGGUUUUCUAGAAAAGUGUUCGUCGGCGGUUUGCCGCCAGAUAUUGACGAAGAUGAAAUCACAGCUAGUUUCCGUAGAUUCGGUCAAUUGGUGGUUGACUGGCCUCAUAAAGCUGAAAGCAAGUCUUAUUUCCCACCUAAAGGAUAUGCUUUUCUUUUAUUUCAGGAUGAAUCUUCGGUACAGCAAUUGAUCGACGCGUGCAUUCAGGAUGACGAUAAACUAUACUUAUGUGUGUCUUCACCGACCAUCAAAGACAAACCGGUACAAAUAAGGCCUUGGCGUCUAUCCGAUGCCGAUUUCGUGUUGGAUGCAUCCAUGCCGCUAGACCCCCGGAAAACCGUGUUCGUGGGCGGCGUUCCUAGACCGUUAAAAGCCGUCGAACUGGCUAUGAUCAUGGACAGACUGUACGGCGGUGUGUGCUACGCGGGCAUCGAUACCGAUCCGGAGCUCAAGUAUCCAAAGGGAGCGGGCCGCGUGGCGUUCAGCAACCAACAGAGCUACAUCGCGGCCAUAAGCGCUCGUUUCGUGCAGCUCCAGCACGGAGACAUCGAUAAGAGGGUUGAAGUCAAACCGUACGUGCUCGACGAUCAGAUGUGUGACGAGUGCCAAGGACAGAGAUGUGGCGGAAAGUUCGCACCGUUCUUUUGUGCCAACGUCACUUGUUUACAAUACUAUUGCGAACUGUGCUGGGCAACGAUUCACUCGAGACCAGGCCGCGAAUUCCACAAGCCAUUGGUCAAAGAAGGCGCGGAACGUCCAAGAACUGUGCCAUUCCGUUGGUCAUAACGUAAGAUUCCAAAAGGAGUAGUCACAUUUUAUUAAUCCACUAAUUUGUUUUGUUUUUUUAUUUUAUUUUAUUAUUCUUACGCAUGUUUAUACAAAUUAUAUAAAAAAAAAAUUUAAUGUUUUUGAAUAGUCUUUUUAAAACCUGUCGUUUUUUAAUGCGAGAACUGUUUUUUACAAUUUUUUUUUAAUCUACCUUUACUACACAAUUAAGCCUCUACUGACUUAGGGAAAUUGACGUUUUUUUUUUCUUUAGGACUAUUUAAAUAAUUCAGGGUAAACACAAUGGAUAGGGCUCUUUUCACCGAGCAAAAACGAAUUGUUUUAGUACUACAAACGAAUUGUAUUAGUGCUACACAAACCUUCCAAAGAACAUAGAUUUUGUUUUGUUAGAACUAUUUUUCAUUUUAUUUUUAUUGUUUUAAAAAU